AUGCGAGGAAUCCUGCCGAGAGCUCCGCUGGCCUGGAGCUACCUGUUCAGCGGCACGAUCGCGGAGCUGAGGUGCGAUGCGUAUAGCAAGGCAGAGGCGGACGGCAGGUACUUGAGCAGCACCGGCUACACAGGCACCCUGGACGGGCGCUACCUGGUGACCAACGCAACCGCCGGCAACGCGGAGGUGUUCACGCAGAUCAGGGACGCUGUUGCCACACCCCGACAGCUGCGGGGCAUCUUGCCUCGCGCCCCACUGGGCUGGUCCUACAUUUUGAGCGGCACCAUAACCGAGCUGACUUGCGAUGCCUGGAGCAAAUCGGAGGCGGACGGGCGUUUCUACACCCGAUCCCUGGCCGACAGCACCUUUGCGCCGUUCAGCACCGAGACGGGCCUGCAGAACCUGAACCUGCAAGUGAUCGACCACGAGACGCGGCUCUCCACCCUGGAGGCCAGCGGCGGCAGCACCAACGUUCGAGUGGAGGCCCAGGACACCACCACGCUGGCCAACUUCGGCCUUGCAGAGAACUACCUGGGCGGCGCGCCGCGGCUCAGGGUAGACGAGGAGAUCUUCAUCGACGACGUCUCCGGCGCCGCCGCGGGUCUCAAGACCAACGCCGUCUCGGCGAGGCCUGGGGAUAACUUGCUGACCAUCACUGGCGGCGUGAACGGAGUCAGCGUGAUCGGGGCCGGGCUGGCAGUCGCGGGCGCCGUGCUGAAGAACACGGCUGCCAGCGGCGUGGUGCGCCUGCAACUGGACGCCAACAACUCCACAGGCUUCGCGCAGCUGGAGGUGACCAGCGCAGGCGGUUGCACGCUCAACGCACCUGGGCAGCAGAUCUUGCUGCAGAACCAGGUCGGCACCGCGCCGGUGGUCGUGGAGACGGACGGCGACCUGACCUACAACUACG